AUGUCUGCUAGACCCCAAGUCGGGAUAGAACGACUUCCUGCACGCCGAAUGAGCAACGAACCACGAGAAUCAAUGAAUUGUAAAUCCUGCCGCAAACGAAAGAUAAAAUGUAACCGGUUGCGACCGACUUGCGAGGCCUGUCAGGUCUUCCAAUGUCCAUACGCCGUUCCAAAGAAACGAGGACCCAAGACGGAUGUGCUGGAAGCGCUUGUAAAAAGAAUCGAUGGGUUAGAGAAAAAAUUAAAGGACGAAAAGAAAUCCAACUCGCCUGGGGAGAAUAACACAAACUCGGAAAAGCAGAAUGCGCUGCCAGAACCGAAACUACAUCUCGAUACUGCGAUUGCGGCGGAUGAAUCAGCGGUGUACUCGCCUACGCCAGUGAGCGAACCAUCUCCCGCAGUACAACAAGAUAUACUUCUCGACACAUAUUUUCAACGAUGCCACGGCAACCCAUAUUACAUACUCGACGAACCAUUAACGCGGCACCGGAUACAGGCCUCGCAGAUACCUGCAUUUCUGCUGCAUGCGAUACACGCAGUCAGCGCAAGGUACACGCCGCAUCCAAAUGGAUACCACGCAGCCAUCCGGUCUAGCGAGGAAUAUGCUCUGCGAGCCAGAAUGGAAUUGGAUAUUGAUGAUCCCUCGAUUGAAUGUCUCCAGGCGCUAUUGCUCCUCACAAUGGCCUUCACUGCAGCAGGCAAAGGGAAAAAAGCAUACAUGAUGUUAUCAAGCGGAAUCGGAAUGGCCGUCGCACUGGAGCUGCACCGCGAAUCCGACGCCAAAAAUGGCUACACAACUGUCGAGAAGGAAAUGCGUCGAAGACUAUUUUGGACCUGUUAUGUGAUGGAUCGGUUCAGUGCUUGUGGCUCUAAACGACCUUCUUUACUAGGCGACGAGUCGAUUCUUGUGCGAUUACCAUCCUGGUCACCCAAUCCAGGAACCCUACCCAUCGAAGGCGAAUAUUUCCAAAAUGGCUCAAAUCUGCAAUACCACGGUGGCUCCGGGAAGAAGUGUCAAGGAAGUAGUGGAAUGUUGAUAGACAUCGGACGUAUUCUGGGCAUCACCAAUCGAUAUCUCGCAGCAGGAGGAGUAAAAGGCGACAGCCACUUCCCUUGGCAUUCACUCUCGAAUCUUUCCAAAAUUCGACAAGAAUUGGAUAUCUGGGCGUCAGGAACGCAGGAAGAAUUCGCUUCGGUUGAUAAGUUGUUCGGUCAAUCGGAUAGCACAACACUCGUGCUGAGCAAGCUGGUGUACCAUCUUAUCCACUGCCUAAUCUACCGCCCCUUUCUUCCAAUUGAUCUUGCAGAACUUUCUGGUAGUGGACAACACCAAUCAUGGCAAAUUGAAGCCACGAACCUCUGUUUUUUGCAUGCAAAUGCGAUAGCAGAGAUGGUGGAAUUAGGUAAACAAUCACCUGCAGUAGAAUGGCCCGCAUUCGUGGGCUACUGCAUAUGUACAGCGGGAACCGUUCACGUUCACGGCUCCCACUACAGAGGCAGUUUUGAAGGCGAGGUAUUCUCUGCGUCAGCGGACUUCUUGUCACGAGAAAUGCUCCAACUCUCAGAACUCCGCUACGCUUGGUCCUCUGUCCAACAUCAACGAGAAACUCUUCAAACCAUAUAUAGUUCACAUUCUGAACUUGUUAACUCACUCGCCAGUAACCCUUCACGCUACAGUCCAGUCUUCCACCUCGAGGACUUCUUUGACAGAUAUGUGGAAUUAGGCCAAUCCUUUGAUGGCGCACAUAUCUCCUUUGCGGAUAUUCCUGUAGAUUUAACACAGGAACUUUAUACUUCUCACGGUCUGUAUGAGAAUCACACCAGUCUCCCAGACCCUGCAGCCUCUCGCCCACAACCAAAACGAAAACAGUCAUCCUCAACUGUCGCUCGAAAAAAACACAUUGAUCUUAAAAUCGCCCACCGAAACUCACACCCAGAAUCUCUAUUCACAUCUCCCACAGGCCUGCAAACAGCCUCCUUACCAACACCAUCAACCGACCUCCGUCAGCAAACUCAAAACGCCAUGAACGAAUUCAACUCUCUCCCCACACUCCAACGCGCCCCCUUUUCCCCGCCCUAUUCUUAUACCUCUUUAAACACACAAGAGGGAUACGAUCCUAUGUUCGGAAUGCCCCAGAUGUACUCCUCCUACCACAACAACAACCCAAACAACAUGGGAGCAGCGGCGACGGGCGAGGGUAUGACGCCUGGUGCUCGAAGCACGGGAGAUAGUGUCGGUACCGCCGGGACGGACGAGAAGGAUCCAUUUCUAAGUCUGCUGGAACAGUUGGCGGAGAAUGAACAUAGUAGGGGUGGGCCCAGCGAGUUGGAUUUCUUUUUGGGUGGAGGGGCGAAUUGA